AUGAGCAUGCAGAUGAACUCGCUUUCAUUCCAGGAUCUCAUCCUCCGAAAAUAUCUCCCCUCCUGCGCAGCAGUUACUGAGUGGCCAAACUACUACAUGCAUCAGCGUCCUGCUCGCCCAAUAUACGUGUUAAUAUUAGCACUCACCUGGUCUGAUCAUGAAGUUGUCGAUCGUUUUUGCGUGGUAAUGGGUAAUAUUUUUAUGACGCAAGAAUUCCAAUUAUUUAAACAACAACCGGUUCACCUUAUAGAAAAAUUCAUCAUAUCAUUGACUACAUGUCAUUCAUUAUCAUCAAGCUAUGAAAUUCAACAUUUCAACAUCACAACCAUCGGGGACAAUUCAUUUGACUUUCUUUUUUACAACAAUAACCUGAACUACGAUCAAGCCUCUGGGUCUUCUGUGCAAGAACCGUCUUUUCUUUGUCUUACUUACAAACAGCACUACCUUUCUCAUUAUACUGCCACAAACAACCGCAAAAGUUGUUACCGUUACGCCAAUUAGAAGUAGAAGAUAGCUCCGACUCACACUUAAUAUGCCGCAGCCGCAGCCGCCACAAUAAAGACAACCACUCUGGUGCAUCAUUUUUCACUCACAGUGUAUUCCUUCGGUAUCGGUAUCGUUGUCGUUCAUGGAUAGAAUGUGAUAGAAUGACUUCAAUAUGAAUUCGUUGCAAUUGUACAGACCACUACUGGCUAGAUCAACUACUACUACAUGACAUCAAGCGUCUCCUCACUCUUCAAGCGUGACGAAAUCAAAUAUAGAAAGAGGAACGGCUAGCAAGAAGUAUCAUGGUGUUUGAUGUGCAAGCUCAACCUGUACCUGUUUCAAAAUUUUUCUUGUGCAUAGCAACCCAAGAAGCAGUAACUACGACAUAAACAGAUUAUUAUCACGCGCGAAUGAUGCAUCAAAAUUAGCAUAGUCCUAGUAGUCGAUUGAUCAAAGAUAAAGCAACCACUCUCCUAUGAAUCAACUACAUUGAUUAUUUUUAUCGCAUCGUCAUGGUAAUUCUUUGUGACUGGUCGACAAUGAGUUUUGAAAACCAAAACGAACUGCAAGCAUGUAAAACAAAUACAUCAACGAUUCAUCAACCAUAGAAACAUCUCCUCUGACAAGAUACGCUCGUCUUCAAAGAGAAGCGGGUGAAUCUUUGACAAGCAAAGCUCAAACCCCUGUAUGCUGAACCUGAAGCUUAUGCAUUUUCUCCUUGC